AAGCCCUCACGAAGCGAUCGCACCAGCGCUUUCGCACGCCUCGCCAUUGAUCUCGUUCGCCGUCUUUGUCCUCGUUAGGGUUUUCUAAUCGAUCCGAGAACUACCAGAGAUGAGCUCCGCAGCGCCAGCGAAGGGUGGCCGAGGCAAGGCCAAGUCGUCGAAGUCCGUAUCCCGAUCGCAGAAGGCUGGCCUCCAGUUCCCUGUUGGCCGCAUCGCCCGGUUCCUCAAGGCCGGCAAGUACGCCGAACGCGUCGGUGCCGGCGCCCCCGUCUACCUCGCCGCCGUCCUCGAGUACCUUGCCGCCGAGGUUUUGGAGUUGGCUGGGAAUGCGGCGAGGGAUAAUAAGAAGAAUAGGAUCGUCCCGAGGCACAUACAGCUUGCUGUGAGGAAUGACGAGGAGUUGAGCAAGCUUUUGGGGGCUGUCACGAUUGCUAGUGGUGGUGUCUUGCCCAAUAUCCAUCAGACCCUACUGCCCAGUAAGGCGGGGAAAGGGAAGGGAGAUAUUGGAUCUGCGUCACAAGAGUUUUAGUUUUGUGAAGACAAUAUUGUGGUGUGAUGGGAAUAUGAUUUGUGGAGUGUGCUUGAUGAUGUAGCACCUUUUGGUAUUUUGUUCAAUACACUCAUCGUAGUAUGAGAGGGUAAUUCCAAAUUAUUUCUUUUA